GAAGGAAGGCAGCAGGACGACGCUGCCCUGGGGCCCCCAACGGCACGCACUAGAGCGGUGCAAGCUGACCGAUGCGCUUUACGGCAGCCACGUGACGGCACGAAGGCGCGGCCACGUUCCCGCCCCCAAAGGCACACAAACGACAGCGGCACUCGCUGUUUGGCGCACUUUACGGCCGUCAUGCGAAGGCGCGAGGCCGUGGGCAAACGCGCGUCCCGAUAGGCUGCGGCUUCGGGUCUCCACGCCCCCUCAUUGUGAGCUGGCUGUGCCCUGGGAGCUGACUGAGCCGUUGGCACUGCCGCGGCUCAGUGAGCAGGGCGGCGAUGUCAGCAGUAUGGCAGAAGGCGAGGGACUACUUGAAGACCAAGGAGUUCCGGGAUUAUGUAACCAGCACACAUUUCUGGGGUCCUAUGGCCAACUGGGGCCUACCGCUAGCCGCCGUUAAAGAUAUGAAGGCGUCGCCGGAGAUCAUCAGCGGCCGCAUGACUACAGCACUCAUCUUAUACUCGAUGGCCUUCAUGCGCUUCGCUUAUCGCGUACAGCCUCGAAACUUGCUUCUGAUGGCGUGCCAUGGCACCAACGUGAUGGUGCAGAGUAUGCAGGCGAGCCGCUACCUAACCUACCACUAUGGCGGCGGCGCUGCAGAGGCUACUGCUGCUGCCACCGCUGCUGCCACCAUCACCACCGGUGCAGCCACCGUCGCCACUGAUGCCACCACUGUCGCCACCGAUGCCGCCACCACCACCAUCGACACCUGCACUACAGUCUGCGACUUUGAGGUUAUCUGCCCUUACUAGGUAGCCACCAGCCCCAAUCCUCCGUCCUCGAAACGAAUUUCUUCAUGACUGGGAGGGCCAUAUCGAAUUUUUGCAGCUUGCAAGCACUGAACUGUUAUUCUUCCUAAAGAGGAGACCAAUGAAAAAUUUGGUUUCGACUCUAAAACAGUGCAAAUCUAAUGUAAACCUGCAGUUUGGUUAAUAAAUAGACAGCAACACUGAACUGAAACCGAGUGCUGGCCUCUUUCUUGACCUGGAAAUAAAUGUUUUGU